GCAAACUCCAGCAGAGCAACUUUUUUCAGGUGAAUAGGCCAGAGGCUCCUCUGAGGCCGUGACGUCACCGCGGCUUCCUGGCGUGUCACGUGUUACAGACGGGCGUUGUGAGGACAGGGAGGAGUUGAGAAGAUGGCGGCUGGUCUGAUCCAUGCGGUUCCUGGGGGUGAAGAGAGCAAUGACAGUGAUGAUGACUGGUUUAUUGGGGAUCACAGAGAGCAGCAAGAGCAAAUAAAGAAGCAUUUGGUGUCUGAAAGCAAAGAAGAUUUAUUAAAGAAUGCUCUUGUUGUUGGAAAUGUGGCGUUGGUUAAAGAACUCUUAGAUUCAGGAUUGAGUGUUGAAUGCUGCUUUCAGUUUGGAUGGACUCCUUUGAUUUAUGCAGCUAAUAUUGGCAAUUUUGAAAUGGUGCGCAUUCUUCUGGAUAGAGGUGCAAAUGCAAACUGUGAAAGGGAUUUAUUUACUGCGCUCAUGGCAGCGUGCACCGCACAUGUAGCAGAGGAAAAUAUUCAGAAAUGUGUAGAAUUGCUGCUGUCGAGAAAUGCCGACACAAAUGCAUGCUGCAGGAAGAAGAUUACUGCACUUAUGCAUGCUUCAAGGGAAGGCCAUAGUCAGGUGGUUACACUUCUGAUUGCUCAUGGUGCUGAUAUAAAUGCACAAGAUGGAACUGGCUAUACAGCACUGAUGUGGGCUACUCAUGAUGGACGCAAAAACACGGUUUUAAAGCUACUGGAACUGGGUGCUGAUAAAACGAUAAAAAACAACUCUGGAAACUUACCAGCUGAUGUGGCCAAGAAGAACAAUGAUUUAGCGAUUUUUAGCAUCCUUUCAUUUUCUUGGAAUCCCAAUCAAAGAUGCAACUUGACAAAGGAAGAGGCAAUGUACAGAUACCUGAAAGCACAGCCUGGAUCUUCUGCAAACACUACCCUUAGCUGUUCUCCCUCCAGUGAUCUGGAAGUGUUUUUGCACGGCCUUGGUCUUGGACACCUUGCAGAUAUAUUCUUGGAUUCUGACAUAACAUUAAGACAGCUGUUAACCUUGGAGGAAGGUGAUCUUAAAAAGGCUGGGGUUACAGAAAUAGAAGACCGUAAGAAAAUUAUGUCUGCAUCGAAAGAGAUCCAAGUUGAAGAAACAAAACUUGAAUCGCUACCAACUUUUUCAAAUGUGGAAUCAAGCACAGAUGAGCUUUUUGCAUUUCUUCUAAAGUUGAAUCGGCAGUGCACUUUAAUUACUCAUACCGUGGAAGCUGUAAAUAAUCAAAUCCCUUUAAAUCCCCAGAAGGUAGUACUGGAAUGGGACUCUACUCAGAACAUCUCUUCUGUGUGUGAAGACCUUGUGGCAAACGUUGGAAAUCUCAGUAAAGAAAUGUUCAGACUUUGUGAUAUGUUACAUAAGUUUCAGAAUAACCAAAAGAGUAAUCUAUGCCGUGUGCCCCCAUUGGAAGAACAACAAAGUUGGAGGUGGAGCCGAUUCCUAAAGAGGACCACGCUGACGAUGUUUGGUUUGGGGUUUGUUAUCUCAAUUGUUUCAGUAUUUGUCAGAAGAAACACUACCCAGUAAUGGCGUUUUAAGUUUACAAAAUAUUCCUUUAGUGAGGAAUGGCAAGUGUUUACUGUUAAAGUAAAGUUGUAAUUUUUCUUUUUGUGGUACAGUAUUUGUGUACAGUGUUCUUUCCUUUAAAAUAAAUACACAUUGUUUUAUUCUGGAAUUUAUUUACUAUACAAUAUUUUUGUAUAUAGGAUAUGUGGGGUUGCUUGUAGGUACUACUAUGAAAAUGUACUUAUACUUUGUACUUUUGUUGCAAGACUGCAUGUGUCAUUGUUUCCACCUUGUACAAAUACAGUAUACAAAGAUAUUGCCUUUGAA